GGCCUCGGGAGGAUGCGGCGCCGGGGCGCGGGGCACAGGCCCGAGAACCGCGCGCGGGGCCUUUGUGGGCGCGGGCGGACCGAGGGCCGGGCUGCGCCGACGUGCCCGCCUGCCCCGCUCCGGCCGCCCGCGGACGCGCCCCUGACCGCGGCAGGUCGCGCGCUUGUCCCCGCUGGCCCAGGCCCGGCCACCCUCCUGCCCCCUGCGGGCCCGAGCCCGGGGCGCUCCCUGCCGGGCCCGGCCGGCGCUUGGAUUUGCUACCGGCUGUCGGUGAGCGGGAGGGACCGUGUUUCCGCCCCUCCUCGGCGCCUGUCCUCCCGGGCUGCGGGCUCCGAGACGUGCUUUCUCCCAGAAGUGAGUUGCCGCCUCCCGCGCCCUCCCGCGCCCUCCCGCGCCCUCCCCCCGCGGCAGAGCUGACCUGGAACGCACGUGUUCGGGUUCAGUGCCCGCUCCUCGGACGGCGGCCCUCGGGCCGGCGCAGGGACACUGCUGUCAGCCCUUCCCGAAGCACUUCUUUCCAAAAACCUGGAGGGAGGUUCCCUGACAGGAGGAGGAGAAGGUGGGUGGGGACAGCUCGAGCUGCAGAAAAGUUGUCCCCUGCAGGCGGUGAGGUGAGAGCAGGUGCUCUGGAGGCGCAGGUGCGGAUCCCGCGCGCCGUCGCCGGCGGUGUGCGCUGGGGCCAGUGGCUCCCACUCUGCCCUCAGUUUCCUGAUCUGCGAAGUAGGCGCGCUGACAAGUGCGGCGGGUGGGGGAGGUUCAGGGAGCCGCCGCUGCCGCUGCCGCUGCCGCUGCUGUAGCUGGAGUCCCAGGUCCUAUUUCUCCGAGCCACGGGGGCAAGAGUUGGGGCCGGGACCAUGGAGGGCUGGCCCUUGUCUCUGGGCUUGUCUGCCCCCAGCUCCGUCUGGCUUCCCCCUCUGAGGGCACGAGGCGUCAUUCUCGGGGGGUGUAAGGAUUUCGGAGCCGGUGAUUCCCAGGAGUGGAAAGCAGAAGGGGCUUCUCCCUCCUGGCUCCCUUUUUCCUCUUUCAGAUCCGCCUCCUGGAGACUCCACCCACCCUUGGGGAAGAGCCCAGAAAGAAGAUAUGGCUAUUGGACAGAGAGAAGCAAGAUGUCAGUGACCUUCGAGGACGUGGCUGUGCUCUUUACCCGGGAUGAGUGGAGGAAGCUGGGUCCUUCUCAGAGACACGUGUACCAGGAAGUGAUGCUGGAGAACUACAGUAACCUGGUCUCCUUGGGACUCCUGUUUUCCAAACCAAAAGUGAUCUCCCUGUUGCAGCGAGGUGAAGAUCCCUGGAAGGUGGAGAAAGAAAGUCCUGGAGGCCCCUCCCUAGGAUGUAAGAGAAGUCCUAAAACUACAAAGUCAACUCAAACCCAAGAUUCAUCAUUUCCGGGUCUAAAAAGAAAAAGACUCAAAAGGGAUGAACCCUGGAAUUUCAUAUCAGAAAAACCCUGCAUAUAUGAAGAUGGAUUUAAAAAACAAAAAGACAAAAAUGAAAGUUUACAAAUAAUUUCAAUCACCCAUACAAAAAUCCUCACUGUAGAAAGAAGCCAUAAAAACAAUGACUUUAGCCAAAAUUUCAGCCUGAAAUCAGUCUUUGUUAAACAACAGAGGGUUGAUAGAGAAAAGACACCCUCAAAAUAUGAAAUACAAAGAAACAGUUUCAAGCAGAAUUCAAACUUACUUAACCAACCAAAACUCAAAACACCAGAGAAGCGGUACAAAUGUAACAUAUGUGAAAAAGCAUUCAUUCACAAUUCAUCCCUUCGUAAACAUCAGAAAAACCACACUGGAGAAAAAUUAUUUAAAUGUAGAGAAUGUUUGAAAGCUUUCAGCCAAAGUUCAGCUCUUAUUCAGCAUCAAAGAACUCAUACUGGAGAGAAACCCUACAUUUGUAAGGAAUGUGGGAAAGCCUUCAGCCAUAGUGCAUCCCUUUGUAAACACCUAAGAACCCACACUGUUGAGAAAUCCUAUAGAUGCAAAGAAUGCGGCAAAUCCUUCAGCAGAAGGUCUGGCCUUUUUAUACAUCAAAAAAUCCAUGCUCGAGAAAACCCCCAUAAAUACAAUCCAGGUAGGAAGGCAGCUAGCACGUCCCUCCCUGGGUAUCAGAGAAUUCAUCUCAGGAAGAAGUCUUAUUUAUGUAACGAAUGUGGCAACACCUUUAAGUCUAGCUCAUCCCUCCGUUACCAUCAGAGGAUUCACACAGGAGAGAAGCCUUUUAAGUGUAGUGAGUGUGGGAGGGCCUUUAGUCAGAGUGCCUCUCUCAUCCAGCAUGAGAGGAUUCACACUGGAGAGAAGCCCUAUCGAUGUAAUGAAUGUGGAAAAGGUUUUACUUCCAUUUCACGACUCAACAGACACCGAAUAAUUCAUACUGGUGAGAAACUGUAUAACUGUAAUGAAUGUGGUAAAGCCUUAAGUUCCCACUCGACGCUCAUCAUUCAUGAAAGAAUUCACACGGGGGAGAAGCCGUGUAAAUGUAAAGUGUGUGGGAAAGCCUUCCGACAGAGUUCAGCUCUCAUUCAGCAUCAGAGGAUGCAUACCGGAGAAAGACCCUAUAAAUGCAACGAGUGUGGGAAAACCUUUCGGUGUAACUCAUCCCUCAGUAAUCAUCAGAGAAUUCACACCGGAGAGAAACCAUAUCGAUGUUUGGAAUGUGGGAUAUCUUUUGGCCAAAGUGCUGCUCUUAUUCAGCAUCAAAGGAUUCACACAGGAGAGAAGCCCUUUGAAUGUCAUACAUGUGGAAAAACUUUUAGACAGAGCUCGUCACUUAUUGCCCAUCAGAGAAUUCAUACUGGAGAGAAACCGUAUGAAUGUAAUGCAUGUGGGAAACUUUUCAGCCAGAGGUCGUCCCUUACUAAUCAUUAUAAAAUCCACAUCGAAGAGGAUUCCUUGAAAGUAGAUUUGCAUGUGUGAAAGCCUUAAACCAAAGCUCAGCAGAGUAUAGAUACUCGAGAUUGAUUUAAUAAAUGUAAUGAACAUGAGAAAACUUUUCUAUUUAAAUUUUGUCUUUGUCAGAUAUUAAAUUCUUAAGGAUAAAAAGCUUUGACUAUGUAGAAGUAUCUGGAAAUUUUUCAUACCUGCCAGUCACUUUUUAAAACAUCCCAAGACAAGGAAAUCACAAUGGCAAUUUGAAUGCAAAAUCACAGUUUGGACCAUUUGUAAGAUAAAAGGGGUUUUUCUAUCUAUUUAUGCAGCAUUAUACACUAUAUGUGAUAUGUAAAAAUGAGAAAAAUCUGGGUGUAGGAGUGCUGGGUUUCUCAUUAGAAAGACACCAACUAUUUAAGCCAGUAGCAUCUUUAUUAGAACUAACAUUUUAGUAGCAAACAGAAUUGAUCUUAAAAUAUAUGCAUAUGUAAGAAAAUAUAUAUAUGCAUAUGUAGACCAAAUAAUAGAUAAAAAAAAUCUGCAAACUA